AUGUCAUCAUCAAAAGCAUCAUCAGCUAUGGAGCAGCACAAAAUUAGUACGCCAGGUCAAACAAGUAAGCAGGCUGAAGCUGCAAUUAAUUCAACUGUAAGUGAAGCCACACCACCACCUGUUGGCGGAGCUACUUCGGCACAGUAUGAAACUGGACCGUCUGAUAGUCAAGUAACAACCACCAUUACGGAUAGGCCACCAACUUAG